AGGAGAGUAGCUGGCUUGGAGCGGCGAAGUGGAGGUGGGAUUCCCAGAUUGGCUGGCGCAAGCGCCCUUCAACAACCCCGCGACCCUCUUUGGGCACCGGUCCGGGACGAACCGUAGAUCCCGCAACAUCCGGAUAUUCCCAUCUAAUCUUGACAGAACGAAGCACUCAUCUCUAGCACGUAACAUACUCAAUCAACCCAUAGCAUGGCUGAGCCGUUUGGCAUUGCCGCCAGCGCCGUCGGUAUCGCUACUGCCUUUACCGCCUGUGUUGAUUGCUUCAAGUACAUCCAGAUUGGGCGUCACUUCGGACGGGACUUCCAGACAGAUCUACUGACCCUCGACUUUGCAAGGCUCCGUCUGUCACGCUGGGGAGAAGCUGUCGAUAUCUACAAUGACCCGAAGUUGGGCAGACCAGACGCAACUCCUGCCGAAAUCCAAAUAGCGAAGGAUGCUUUGCACCAAAUUCUAGUCCUCUUCGCAAACACGAAGAAGAUCUCACAGAACUACAAGCUGAACGCGAAGGUUGGAGAGGAUCUCUCUAUACUCACGCCUGAGGAUGUGGACCCUGAAGUCAUAGCGCUGGAUAACAAGUUGAGGGAGCUGGCAAUCAGACCACAGAAGAAGAGACUGAGCGGAGUCUUGAAGACGGCAAGCUGGGCUCUCUACCAUAGGUCUGAACACAAAGAGCUUAUCCAAAACAUUACCUCCCUCAUCGACAACAUUGAAGCCGUUUUCCCUGCGCUGCAAACUCGACUGAAACUUGUGAAGCGGGAAACGGCAAAGAUUGACGAUGAACAGUCUCUGAAGCUAAUCGAGAGCGCUGCUCAGGAUGUGGAUCCUCUGCUUCAGGCUGCUGCAAAAGAAACUCUUACCGGUCAUCACUACUCGAAUGUUGUGAUCAAAGGCAAGGCUCAGACUGGCGAUGCCUUCAGUAGUGACUGGAAGGGGAAGGCGAUAGGUGCAUCUCAUACGUACGAUGGAGUAGAGGUGGAAAAUAACGGAAAAGCGCUGAUUGGGAAUAAAUAUGGGGGAAAGGACUUUUGGGACGAUUAAGAGCGGUGGGAAUAACACAGAGAGGCUAGUCUCUUAUAAGUUAUGGGGCAUCUUCAAAUUUGGCACCAUUUAGGGGUUUUAUGGGUAAUGACUAUACGACCAGAACUAUCUGGAUUUCAUAAAGCG